AUGAAGUUCUGGCAUUUAGCCUCGGCUUUCGCCCUGCUGGCAAAGCCAUUUGUGUUGGCUGAUCUCGCCUACUGUGCCACCGACAAUACUGGAUCCGACUACGACGCAGUCUCCGAUACCUACCAAUCAAAUGGAGCCUGUGAGACGACUUGCGCUAGCUAUGCUCUCGGUGUCCUUCAAGGGAAGAAGUGUUGGUGUACAAACGUUGUGCCCUCGAAAUCUUCCCAAAAGGCUACGAGCAAGUGUGACACUGGCUGUCCUGGAUAUCCCGCCGACAGCUGUGGCAGUGCUGCAGAUGGUGUCUUCGCCUACGUGAGCGCCGGAAGCAAAAAACCCACCAGCACUGAAGGUGGCUCUGGUGGAACUUCCACCACCUCGACCAGCUCAACUUCCUCCACCACGACCACGGGCAACAUCGUCAAGGAGACAACAUCAGCCGGUGAAAUCAAGACCAUCACAGUUGCUGGGUCAAGCUCUACUGCCGGCGCGGAUACAUCCAAUACACAGGCUAGCGACGAAAAAUCUGGCCUCAGCGGUGGAUCAAUUGCCGGCAUUGUCAUCGGUGUCUUGGGAGGACUGGCCUUGCUUGCCCUGAUUCCUAGCAACGCGGAUAUGGCAGACAACCGAACCAGUCAAGGAUCCAGCUUCGUCAGAGGUGUUUUCCCCCAGGGUAGCGAUGGCGCAGGGAACGGUCUCGGUCGCCAAAACACCUAUACCGACAACCGUAUGAAGAAUGUCUACCAGGGUCACGCUUCCCGAGAUAGCAGCGUCUCCCUGCAAGAUAACGAGGACUACUCCCGCCCCGUCCUGCGUCUCGCUAACCCCGAUUAA